AUGCACUAUUACAACAACCAACAACCCUCGCCGCACAUGGCGUCCUACAGUGAGUAUCAAGAGUAUGCAACGACACAGCCAAGUCAGCCCCCGUUGCAGCGCCAGCCGUACAUGGAGCAACAAAGACAACAUCAACAGCGUUAUCAGCAAUACCAAGUGCCUCAACAGCGAUCUGCAAUGCCGCCACAGGUUUCACCCAACUCUAACUUUAUGCAAGUGCCUCUUCCUUCAAUGGACCAAAACAUCGUAGGUGGCUGGUCCGCGGGCCCUGGCGGCUAUUCCCAGGUUGGCUAUACUUCCACGCAGCGGCACCAAACCACACCCGUGCCAAGUAACGACGAACGCUAUAGAAAACAGCUCAUUGUAAAUUAUCUGGCCCCGGAUGUGGCCACUGCGGAACUGCAUGACCUUUUCUCUCGCUUUGGGCCGCUUGAUGGCGCCAGAAUCAUCCACGACAAACGGACGAAUCUGCCAAAGGGAUACGGAUUUGUCUACUUCUGCCGCCCUGAAGACGCCAAGGAGGCCGUAGAGCGAAUGAGUGGUUUUGAGCUUCACGGCAAGCGAAUAAAAGUUGGGUAUUCUACAAACCCACUUAACAUUGUAUCGGGUGCCUCGAGCCAGUCCACAUGGGGAAACAUGGCGUGA